CUGGUUCAGCGCCAAAAUUCACGCUUAUUGGGCAAGUGUUCAUAUCUGGUGGUUGAGUAUAUAGUGUGUCAGAAAAGCCUCACAAAAACAGAGUCAGAGCUUCCUUCAAACCAAAGCUGUGAAAGUAAAACCAUCGCUGCCUCACGUCUCAGUCAUCAAUCUGAGUUUGUUGCUCAGGGAGGAGCUACAGGAUCUGCAGUUUCCUGAUCCCUUCUUUUGUCUUGGAGGCUAUUUUCUACCAGCAUGGGUGAACGCAAUAAAGUGUUAGCUCGUCCAAUUUUUCGCAGAGAUGUGAGCUGGGAUCCUUUCCCAAACUGGACACAACCGAGCCGCAUCUUCACGCAGGAUGUUGGCCUCCCUCCAUUCCUGGAUUCUACUGAUCUGGACUGGCUAGACUGGGCAAAGAGGAGACUGGUAUCUUUCUCCUGGCCCAGGUGCACGGAGACUCCCAUCCUGCCUUUAUUUAGCCAAAAGGAUCAAAGGCAAGUAUCCAGAGCAGUGUCAGAGGUCAUGACGGGCCAGAACAGCUGGAAGAUCAGCCUGGACGUCAGUCACUUCUCUCCAGAGGAAAUCACAGUCACGACGCAGGAGGGCUACCUGCAGAUAUCAGGAACUCAUGAAGAAAGGCAGGACGCGCACGGACUGGUUUCCAGAUGUUUCACUCGGAAAUAUAAGCUGCCACACGGGGUGGACUUGCAGCACAUCGGUUCAUCGCUGUCAGGUGAUGGUGUUUUGUCCGUAGAGGCCCCCGUCCCUGGCACAACCACUGGUGACUCAACUGGUGAAAUGGUCAUACCCAUUCAGAUCAGACAAAAGAAGGAAGAUGGAAAGUGAGACCAGAGAGCAGGACAUGUGGUGAAUCACACACUAGGUGUUGCUGUGGUCUGGAACUUUUGCAAUAAAACACUAGUUUUUAACAGCUUGCUUACACAGAUUCACUGUGACAAUCAGCUUGAUGCUCUGC